GCAUUCUGGGACGGGCAUACUAUUCAUUAUCUGGCUGCGCGAACAUAUUCUUCGAGGACGGCUAUCCACCGGUUACUCGUGUCGAACCUCAAACCCACCCCCACGACACGAGCAACGUUGCGCUCUCGUGGCGAGAGCUAUGGCUUCCGCCGCAGAAGUACGUCGAAGUCCAUUUUCCGCCGAUUCGCAUACUCAGGGGAUACAUAAAUCCAUCCCCAUCCUACCCUCGUCCACCGGGUCUUCGACAUUGACACCGCCCCGAGACCCAAUGCAGGUGGACAUCACGCCGGCUACCCUCCCUACCAUGGGUCCCCCAGUGUUAAGCAGUCCUGUGGGGGACAGGAACGGAGCAAGCCAACCAACAAACGGCGACUCUGAUGGUGUGACAAAUGGGGCUUCCGCGCCAGCAAUCGGGGCGGCCGCAGCAGCACAGCAGCCAAAAGUUGUCCAAACAGCAUUUAUUCACAAGCUCUACAACAUGCUCGAAGACCAAACAAUCCAGCAUCUUAUAUCAUGGUCGAGCACUAACGAGAGUUUUGUCAUGUCGCCAUCUAGCGAGUUUUCCAAAGUAUUGUCAUCGUAUUUUAAGCACACCAACAUUUCCUCAUUCGUCCGACAGCUGAACAUGUAUGGCUUUCAUAAAGUUAGCGACGUCUUCCACACCGGGUCGCCUGACUCGCCGCUCUGGGAGUUCAAGCACGGCAAUGGCAGCUUUAAGAGAGGGGAUCUGGUGGGCCUGAGAGAAAUCAAGCGGCGCGCUUCGAGACAUGCGCUCAUCCACAGAGACUCCUUUUCCACUGGCCCAAAAGUCCCUGCCGGUCCGCCUGUCGGAGCACCUGUCGAACCGAUGCCCGAUCCGGUCGAAUCACGCCUCAAUGUCCUUGAACAUAGCCUUUAUGACAUGCACACGCGAAUGCAGCGGUCAGAGGACAGCUGCGCCUAUCUCAAUCAAAAAAAUCAAGUCCUAAUGGAGGGAUUGAUGAGAUGUCACCAGUGGAAUCACGAGCUCACGAAUUACAUUAUAGCCUUGGUCCCGGACCCGGAAAAUCAAAUCCACAAGGAUGUGUGUUUGAUGCAGCGAGAUAUUGCUCGGCAAACCGAGAUGCUGCGCGCCAUUGAGGAACCGCAGGAGCCCCUCUCUGCUCGUCAAUCCUACUUCCUGCAGCUCGACAAUGGGAACCAGCCCCCUCUUUCCCCGCGGCAAGUACCCCAGGACAAUAUCACGGAGCAGCGAAGAGGCUCGUUGGCCAACAACUCGCGCCAAGCGCCAUUUAGGCCUCCGGUCCCGGCCCAUAUGGCGAUUUCUCCGCGUCGAUAUGGCUCAAUAGGCACGGGUAAUUACUCUCCUUCUUCUGCCAGAACCCCGGCGAGUCACCAGCCACCCCCACCUCCUCCACCCUCUAUUCAGCAUCCAGGCGCAAGUGGUACCUCCCCUCCCUAUAAUCUGUAUAGGCGGCAUACAUCGGCAGAUAUUCGCACCCAUGGCUGGCAACCACAACCGCCGACGCACUCGCCCUAUACAUCCGGACACAAUUCUUCCCAGUGGCCCUCGUCACCACAUCGGACUCCUAUCGGAGGCGGCGACCAGCAGCUCCGUGAUGCUUUAGAGCAAUACCAACUUCCCCGCGGUCCUCGUCAACAGUCAUCUCGUCAAGGCACUCCGCCUUUGACAAGCGAUACCACCCCAUCCACGUUAAGCGCAGAUAGUAGUUGGUCGCUACCGGGGGCUCGUUUCCCGUUCAAAGGCAUUGACACCCCAGGCCCUCCGACGCGACGCUCAAGUAUGGCAUCUAAUGUACAUUCUCUGCUUAAUCCCGCUGAGACGGCAGAGCGCGCGGACGAGGACGACCCGGAUGAUGCAAGGAAGAGAAAGCGAAUGCAAUGAAGCAUGUGACGAAUUUCCGAUUCUAGGCAACACAUAUUUCUAAUUAUGUACUUGUACGCGUUGCUGAUACGAGAAGCAGCAUGUCGUGUAUGCUGCUUCUGGUCAUGAGAAUCUACAU